ACCAAGCCAUCAAUUCCACAAGAUCUGAUGCCUGGAGCCAAGUCAGAAAAUUAUCACCCCACUUGGCACACAUUGAUUGGUAAACAGAUUAUGGCCUCAAAACACAUAUCUCACUAGAACUAUAUAAGUUGUGAUUAGAACUAUGUGGCCAUGCUAAAUUUGUUAGCCCAUAAAUCCUGUAGCAGUUCUUGAGGAGAGUCAUAAGUGAUAAUUCUAAUCUUUUUGGUCCAAGAAGACUGAAAGAGAAAUGGCAGCAUCAGCAUCUCUCCUAAAGUCUUCUCCAGUCCUUGACAAGUCUGAGUUCUUAAAGGGUCAGGCCCUGCGCCAGCCUUCUGCAGUUUCUGUUGUGCGGUGCCAACCAGUUUCCUCAUCUUCACUCACCGUGCGUGCUAGCUCCUAUGCUGAUGAGCUUGUCAAAACCGCGAAAACUGUUGCAUCUCCUGGUCGUGGAAUUUUGGCCAUGGACGAGUCAAAUGCCACCUGCGGCAAGCGCCUGGCCUCCAUCGGCUUGGAGAACACAGAGGCCAACCGCCAAGCAUACCGUACCCUACUUGUGACCGCUCCUGGACUUGGUCAGUACAUCUCAGGCGCCAUCCUCUUUGAGGAGACGCUCUACCAGUCCACAGUCGAUGGCAAGAAGAUAGUUGACAUACUUGUUGAACAAAAUAUUGUUCCUGGUAUUAAGGUUGACAAGGGUCUAGUUCCUCUUGCUGGCUCAAACAAUGAAUCUUGGUGCCAAGGUCUUGAUGGCCUCGCCUCCCGCUCUGCAGCAUACUAUCAGCAGGGUGCUCGGUUUGCUAAAUGGCGUACCGUCGUGAGCAUUCCCAAUGGUCCAUCUGCACUUGCAGUGAAGGAAGCAGCAUGGGGUCUUGCCCGCUAUGCAGCCAUCUCCCAGGACAAUGGGUUGGUCCCAAUUGUUGAGCCAGAGAUCUUGCUUGAUGGUGAGCAUGGAAUUGAGAGGACCUUUGAAGUUUCCCUGAAGGUGUGGGCUGAGGUUUUCUUCUACCUGGCCGAGAACAAUGUCCUGUUUGAGGGUAUCCUCUUGAAGCCUAGCAUGGUUACUCCUGGAGCAGAGUGCAAAGAUAAGGCCACACCAGAGCAAGUUGCUGAUUACACCCUCAGGUUCCUUAAGAGAAGAAUACCGCCUGCUGUCCCUGGAAUCAUGUUUUUGUCUGGGGGGCAAUCUGAAGUGGAGGCAACUCUGAACUUAAAUGCCAUGAACCAAGCACCCAACCCAUGGCAUGUGUCUUUCUCAUAUGCCAGAGCUCUUCAGAACACAUGCCUCAAAACCUGGGGAGGAAGACCCGAAAAUGUCAAGGCUGCUCAGGAAACUUUGCUAAUUCGAGCCCAGGCCAAUUCUCUUGCUCAGCUUGGCAAAUACACAGGGGAGGGAGAGUCUGAGGAGGCCAAGAAAGGAAUGUUUGUCAAAGGGUACGUCUACUAAGCUGUCUGAAACAAACUGCAGACUAUUGCUUAUGAAGCUUACUGUAUUGCCAUGAAACGCAGAGGGGUGCUUGUAGCCCUUGAAGCCUGUUAUUUCGCUUGACAAUGUACUUGAUAGCAGUCUAUCUAAUUCUUCUUGUUAGAGUCAAUUUUGUGUGAAAGCGUUGGAUAGAAACUCCUAUUUGUUUUUUGUACACCUUUCAGAGGUUCAGGUCAAAACUGUGC